AUGAAAAUACCUAAGGUAUUUAAGAGCACCAUAUCGACAGCCUCCAACAGUCCACCUCCGGCGCAGGCUGGGAUGAGCGGUGGGGCGGGCGGCGGCGGUCCAGGGCGGGCUAGCUCUCCCGCAGCGUCUGCGACGCGCUGCUGCGACACCGGCCGCCCCAUCUUCCAAGAUCCUAUCACAGGCCAGACGGUCUGCUCCUGCCAAUACGAGUUUCUCAACUACCAGCGGCUCGCAUCUGGCGUGCCUCUCUCUAUGUACAGUUCACCUUAUCCUGACGCGGCUGCUGCAGCCGGCAUGGCGGCCUACUUCCCAGCGCUUGCUGCUGACCAGCCACCUUUCUAUGCUAAUACGGCUGCGGGAAUUGAGCUGAAAGAAAACUUGGCAGCCAGUGCCGCGAGUUGGCCCUACCCUACUGUAUAUCAUCCUUACGAUGCCGCAUUCGCUGGAUAUCCUUUUAAUGGGUAA